AGGUACGGCCUCAACGCUUCAACAUGUAACAAGUGCUGCUGGGGAUGACAGACGAGGACCUGGAGCUGGGACUGGGCAUCAGUAAGCCCAUGCACCGCAGGAAGCUCCGCCUCGCCAUUGAGGACUACAGGGAGGCAGAGGCUGGCCAGGGGCUAUCAAAGGCUGCAGAAAUGGAUCAUCACUGGGUUUCCAAAUCUUGGUUGAGUGACGUCGGGUUGCCACAGUAUUCCCAAGCCUUCCAAAAUCAACUGGUGGAUGGUCGGGUGCUCAACUCCCUCAGCCGACGAGACCUAGAGAGACUCCUGAACGUCACCACAGAGUCCCACCAAAACAGCCUGCUCCUGGCUAUACAGCUCCUGCAACUGAUCAACUUCAACAAAGAGGUGCUGCAGGCUCGCCGGGCCCAGUGUGAGCACCAGCACCAGGACCCUGUAGUUUGGACCUGCCACAGAGUCAUGAAGUGGAUCAGAGACAUAGACCUAAAAGAGUAUGCUGACAGUCUCCAUGGCAGGGGAGUCCAUGGUGCUAUGCUGGCUCUGGACCCCUCCUUUGAUGCAGAUGCCAUGGGCAGGGCCCUGGGAAUCCCCAGCCACAAACACAUGCUCUAUCGGCACCUAUAUGAGGAGAUGAAGGCUCUCGCCAUCCCUGCCAGGCAUAGUAGUGUUGAGCAGGAUUGUGAUACGUCGGGAACCCCACCACAAUCACCUUCUGUUGUUAGCCGCUAUAAUGACGAGAGUGUCUCCAUGAGACGAAGACCAGGCGAGAGUCCUCUAAGGUUCAGCCCAAAGACAGCCAUUGGACGGGGCCUUGGUUACCAUGGCAGCUGUGGAUCUCUGCCCAGAGAGGCGCGGGUGCAGGCUGUGCCCAGGACGAAGGGCAGUCCCAUGCACACCUACAACAGUGUUGAGAUCACCAAUGUCUAAACUAUGCAGCGCCACCAAGGAUUUCAAUGCAGUUCCCAUUUAGCCUGAGGUGGAUACUGGUGGUUGGACUCAGAGUCAACAUAAUACCUGCUUGUUGAGAGUCUAAGUUUUCAUCUUAUUUUUGGGAAUUAAAAUCUUUUUCAACUUU